AUGACGCAGUCCGGGCUCUGCGUCGCAGCGGCGCAUACGUCCUCCUUGGACGCCAAUCAGCGCCCGUCGUGGGAGAUUGCUGCCAUCGGAAGCUGCUGUAGGUCCUCCCCACCCAGCACCAUGAGAGAUGCCUUGUGCCUUCUCGUCUCUGCUGCAGCAGCACUGCUCUCCAUCUUCUUCUUCAUUAAAGAAAACCCUUUGGACACUACAAGUUUCCUGUCCUUGGAGGAAAAGGAGCUGGUGGCCUGGCAGAGAGCCCGGAUGCAGCUUAACCCUGGUAGAACACGCCACCUGCAAACCUUCAAAGAUAUGCAGAAAAACUCAGAACCAUUCAAAAACGUGAAUUCCUAUAUCUUGAUUGGAGCCCCUCCUAGGAAAAAAAAACUGCUGACCAUAGGGAUUUCCUCCGGGCAGCGUCCUGAAGGGAGCCACCUCGUGGACACCCUGCAGUCUCUCUUCUUUGCUUCCUCCUCAUCCGAGCGGAAACACUUCACCGUUCUGGUACACCUAGCAGGUCCUGACCCCAAAUGGCUUGUUCAGAUGAUCUACAACCUCUCAGCCAUGUUCAAACCACACAUACAGGCCAGAGAGCUGGUGGUGAUCACUACUCCUCUCACAAGCUAUCUUCCUUUGAAGGAUCUUAAAGUGACCUUUAAUGACCCUCCUGUCCACGCAGCCUUCCACUCCAGGCAAAACAUGGACUAUGCUUUCCUCAUGAACUUUGCUACCCAGCACUCUGACUAUUUCCUGAUGGUUGAGGAUGAUGUGAAAUGUGCCCCCGGAUUUGUCACCCAGAUAGCUAUUGCAGUGUCGGCCUGGGCAAACAGACCCUGGGUGACCCUGCAGUUCUCCCCGCUGGGCCUCACCGGGAAACUCUUCCGUACUGGAGACUUGCCCCGCUUCGUUCACUUCCUUCUCCUCUUCUACCGAGAAAUGCCCUGGGACUGCCUCCUCUCCCAUUUUCAGGCCCUGCUGCAGCACACACCAAUCAAGUUCCUGCCCUCCCUCUUCCAGCAAGUGGGCAACUCCUCCUCCUUUGAGGAGGAUGACACUGGCUCUCCCAGCAACCCUGCUGCCUCCAUCCACACCAGCCUGAAGGUUGCCAACGACUCUGCUCCCUCGCACGCCUACAGCCUGGAUGAAAAUUUCUUUUACACCAAAUCGGCUGAGCCUGGCAGCCAUCUGACUGUGGUUUUGGAUGUACCUGCCCACGUGUCCCGAGUUCAGGUGCUGACUGGCUCUGACCCGAGAGGCUGGAAUCAGCUGGAAGAGGGACAAGUAGAACUGGGCUGUGACUCUACAAACAGGGAUCCAACUCCUGCUCACUUGCUGCCAAGUGCCAGGCCCAGUACCAUGACGCUGUGGAGGUCCUCCCUCCUGGCUGUGUCCCUCAUCUCCCUGAGCUUCUUCCUCCAGGACAAUAGGAACAGGCGCCUUGAGCACAGCGUGUCUUCGCAGGAGGAAAAGAAGAAAAUGCUGCAGCAGCUGGGCCAGGAGCAAAUCAGCUCUGAGAGCAAGAACCACUUGGAGACCUUCAAGGAGAUGCAGAGACGCUCCCCUGUGCUCCAGCUCACCAGCUACCAAGUCCUGGCUGGAGCCCUUCCCCAGGAGAAGAAACUACUGACGGUGGGGAUCUCCUCAGUGCAGCGUCCUCAUGGGAGCACCCUCUUGCACACCCUGCAGUCUCUGUUCCAAGCCUCCUCAGAGUCUGAGCUGGACUGUAUCGUGGUGCUGGUCCACCUGUCAGAUCCUGACCCUGCAUGGCUCAGCCAAAUGGUCGCCAACAUAUCAGGCCUCUUCCAAACUCAUCUUGAGGCCCAGAAGCUGCUUGUGAUCCACGGUCAUCUCAGUGGCUCUCUUGUCACAGGAGAUCGGGGCAACAUCAAUGACUCCUCACCCUGUGAAGCUGUUUAUUCCAGGCAGAAAGUCGACUACGCCCUCCUUAUGAACUUCGCCGUCAGCCUCUCUGAAUACUUUCUGAUGGUAGAAGAUCACGUUGACUGCACCCCCAAAUUUGUUUCUACCAUCUACUGGGCACUGGCAGCCUGGAAAGAACGACCCUGGGUGACCCUGGAGUUCUCCAGCCUGAGCUUCUCCGGGAAAGUCUUCCACAGCAGCGACCUCUCCCGCCUGACCACCUUCCUCCUCCUCUUCCCUAAGGACACGCCUACGCACUUGCUUCUCUCUGAAUUCCGCCUUCUCUUGGCCCAACAUGUUCCUAUUCGUUUCAGUCCCUCCGUCUUCUAUCCGACGGGCAAUUAUUCUGCAUCCGAGGACACCUGCUUUCCUGUGGAGAAGGAAGUGGUCUUUGGUGAUCCGGACAACCCGGUAGCCAGUGUCCUCACUGACAUGAGGCCGAUACCGAAUGUGAUUCCCCAGUACGCCUACUUUCUGAACACGGAGAGCUACGUCACCCUUGAUGCCUUGAGGGGCAACUACCUGGUGGUGGUUUUGGAAAGGCCACAGAAAGUGGUCCGCAUAGAGGUGCUGACAGGUGCUGACAAACAGGGGCAGUACCGGCUGCAGCAGGGCCAAGUAGAACUGGGCUACGACCCCCUGGCGCACCCCGAAGGCUGUGCGCGCUACACCGUGCUGGGCCCGCUGGUGCAGGGGAACUUGGACCAGAGGGUGUUUUACGAAGACGGCGCCGUGGAGCAGCUGAGCUGCAUACGACUGCUGGUGCUGGCCUCUCAGGGCUCCUGGCUCUUCAUCAGGCAGAUCAGGGUCUGGACUCAGCCCGAGGAAGAGGAGCGCUAGAGGCACACCGGGGAUUCUGCAGGGACCGGCCUGGGGAAUGCAGCCUACAUGGCCGGCAGGAAAUAA